AUGCCAUCAUUACUCUUCAUUGUUUUCUGUAUUGGAAUCAUUUUCGAAGGAAAUAAUGCACAAUUGUCGUCAGCAGCAAAAUUAAGUCAAAGUGUACCGGGUCUGAUAACAUAUCCAGAUAGUCUUGAUUGGCAAACAAAUGGCGUUGUUACACCCGUACAAGAUUAUCUGGAUAUUUCAUAUAUGAACGCUGUUGUUAUGGUUGAAACGAUCGAAAGUCUUCAUGCGAUCGCUACGGGAACUUUACAACGUGGAAGUAUUGCGCGAGUAAUGGACUGUUGUGCUACGAACAUGACUUAUGGAUGCAUUAAAUCAUUUGGUGGAAUUUGUACUUACGAUGAUUAUCCGAAUGUUCUUGGCAAAUGUCAGACUAGUGCCUGUCAACCAUUUGCUUCGUUUGAUACAGUUGAUGAAUAUUAUGGGCUGAAUGAUACUGCGCUGUUACAGUUGACACAAAAAUCCACGUUAUUCGUUGGCUUUUAUCCACCUGAGCAGAUAUUUUUGCGAUACAAAGGAGGUAUUUUUCAAGAAACGAACUGUUCUAAAGCGAACACGAUGUAUGCUCUGCAGUUAGUGGGUUAUGACAACACUCAAAAAGGAGACCUGUAUUGGACUGCAAAAAAUCAUUGGGGGAAAGAUUGGGGUGAGAGUGGUUAUAUUCGCAUUCUUCGUGGAGCGAAUAUCUGUGGUUUUGGUUCACUUGUGUAUCAACCAGUUGUGUCGGCAAUAACAACAACGGCGAAGUCAAUGCCAAUAACUACCAAUUCGAAUGCUAACAAUCAUCCGCCAGAUUCUGUACUCAUUCUCGUACGGCAUGGAACAAGUGAUGAUGAAUUCAAUAAACGUUUUUCUGGUUGGAACGAUUGUGAUUUAUCACUUCUUGGCCAACAGCAAAUGUCCCAGACAGGUCGAGUUCUUCGACAAGCGAACUUAUCUAUUGAUAUCUGUUUUACAAGUCUACUCAAACGAGCUAGCAAAUCUCUAUUUAUUAUUCAAGAAGAAAUCGAUCAUCUCUGGGCGCCGACAUAUAACAUUUGGCGCUUGAACGAUCGCAUGCUUGGUAAUCUCACUAGUUUCCAUCAGGAUAGAGCCGAAUCUCUCUUUGGUCAACAUCAAAUCAGACAAUGGCUCACUCAACCUAAUCUGGCUCCUCCGCCAUUCUCAAGUCCACGCACGAAAGAUCCUCGAUUCGCCCACCUUCACCGCUACUCGUCUUUUUCUUCAUCAACAGAAACACUCAUCGAUGUUCAUAAACGAGUUCAACCUUUCGUUUAUGAUCAACUUCUCAAUCAUCUUCACCGUCGUGAAAAUGUUCUUCUUGUCACCCAUGCAGAUAUCAUCAAAACAAUCAUUCGUCUCAUUCACAGCCACACCCCUGACUACUGCCACGAUCAUGAAAUUCCUAUAAGUACACCAAUUAUCUUUCAAUUCUCACUUGACAUAAAUUCAUUUUACAAUGCCUAUUAUUUAUCAACGACAUUAUUUGAAAACAAUACAGAUCAUCCAUAUCAACUGUUUCCUACUGGUUUCGAACGUAUCAAAACGGCUUCACAGUACAGUACUCAUUCGCUCUGA